AUGGACACUCUGGCUAACAGUUGCUCGUCCUCCUUGCAGCGCCUCUUUGCCAGGCUCCCCGCGGAGCUUCGCCUACAGAUCUGGGAGGCCAGUAUUCCCGGCCCUCGUCUCGUGUCCAUCCGGUGCGGCAGCAACAUGUCGUUCGUGUCCAAGCCCAGCCCGGACAUCCCCCAGGAAGGCUGCACGUCGCCAGCGCCAGCCCCGGCCAACCUCCACGCCUGCUCCGAGUCUCGCGUUGAGGCUCUCAAGGCAUAUCGCCCCAUGUUCGGCUUCUUCCGCAAGCCCGGUCACGUCUGGUUCAACCCCGAUGUCGACAUCAUGUACUUUGGCCCCCGCGAGGGCUUCAUGGCUGCAGACUCGCAAUUCCACACCUGCAUGUCGCUGUGCGAUCCCGAAGAGCUCGCCAGCGUCCGCCGCCUGGCCAUCAACGACGCCUUGUUCUGGAUCGGGCCCUCGUACAACUGCAUGACGGCUGCCAGCCUCACCCUGGAGAUGCUGAGGCAGGUUGCCCUGCGCAUGCCGGGCGUGCAGGAGCUCAUCUUUGUGCCCUGGGAGGAAAAGGUGCGGCCUGACGAGGCCCUCGCGAUCGAGCGCAUCAGAUGGCAGAUCCACGCGGCAUUGCAGGCCAUCCCACGGAUGGUUCCAGCGUGGCAGCCGCCUCCGUGGAAGAUUGUUCGCUUGAGUCAGCUGCCCGGCCCGACUGGCUGA